AUGUAUGGCGCCCCAGGUGAGAUUUCCAUCAGGAUUGUUUUAUAUUUGUGACCUCACAUGAAAAACGUUCCUUAUGGUUUCUGGUUUUCGAAGGGAUAGCCAUUCAUAUGCUGUUUAUUAGCCAUUCAAACAAACUGGGUAUCAGUUUGAGCGGCUCAGGCUAUCCAUUUGAAAAAAUUGUAAUCUGUUCGAACAGCUCAGGCUAUCCGUUCGAAUGGUUCAGGCUACUGUAUCUGUUUUUUGCCGAGAAGUCACAUUUCUACUGUUCCUCAUUAUUAACCCUUUAAUUCCCAAGAGUUAUCCACAUCAGUUUUCUCUAAUAAUACCAAUACAUGAUCAAUAGGAAAGAUUAUGAGAAUCAAUGACAUGAUCACCUACAUGAGCAUGCUUUCAUCUAAAGUUUUAUCAAAUUCUGUCAACUAAUUAUUUAAGAAAAUGUAUGGAGAUCAGUUUAGAGAAUUUGUAACUGGAUAUCAGGGCUUAAAGGGUUUAGUGAGGACCUGUUCGGGUAAAAUUCUGACAAGUGACAUGAUCUUUAGACAGCGAUGUAGGACAGCAGAAAUGGUGGUAAAUGACACAAAGAUGGGUUGAAUUGUGAUAGCGACAGAGAAAAAUAAAUACAAUAGUAAAACACUGACAGCGACAUGGCUUCCUCUUCAAUACGCGCAAAAUGACAGGUUGUGAAAUUCCAACUGCAGACAUAACCCCCUAAGAUGGCCUCAGCAGUGGCUAUGUUGGUGUUCCAAACCUGUGAAAUGGAGACUAUGCGGUGUACCUUGUUAUGUGUAAACUUUCUUUUGUUACAAGAAAUGUGCAUAGCUGCUAACCAUGUGAUUAAAAAUGUUUUAUUGUAGACAUCCAGGAAUCUCCACUGACAAAAAUACUUGUGGUGUCUUUAUGUACCUCCUCUUCCCCAACAUAAGAUGUUUCCUCAUUUGUAUAAAUGCCCCAUUGUAGUUUUUCUGGUUAUGCAAGCUUUGCACAAAGAAGAUAUUUCAGUUUUCAGAUUUUCACACCAAAAAUGUUUGCCUAUUAGGCUCAUCAGAUGGGUGGGGUGAUAUCUUUAUCACGUUUCACCGAUACAUGUAUAUUCAGGGUGGGUCCUUGUUGAGACACUUUUUGACCUGCAAAUUAAAUUUUUUGCUGCCCUUUUUCAUCGAUUUCAGCCAUAAACAGUUUACACUGCCACUGGAGAAAUUAUCCUUAAAAAUUACUUGCUCAUUGCAAAUAAACAUUGUUUUAUUUAAUCUUGCUGACUAUUUUAGUGCUCUCUUAAGUUUUUCUCAUUUUCUAUUUAAUCCAGAGGACCCAGCUGUCCUUGGAAGAUUGAAUGAAUGUCUGGAAACUAUUCUUAACAAAGCACAGGUAUGAAAAGCCAUACUUUCAAAAAUCCAUUCUUGAUUUUUGACAUUUACUACAACAUUACAACAAACCAAAGAGCAGAUGAAAUCAAAACUUUGCUUGACUCUUGUAGGAACCACCAAAGUCCAAGAAAGUUCAGCAUUCAAAUGCCAGAAAUGCAGUGCUUUUUGAGGCCAUAAACUUGAUCAUUCACAUGGAUAGGUACGUGCAUCUUAUGUGUUUAACUCUGUGUUGCAUUUCACUGGAAUGGUGGAACUCAGGCAAGGAGGGAAAUAUAUACAUCUGUCUUUUGUAACAUUCCUAUACAGGUAACUACUGAUAGAAUUUGCCAGGCAAAAACUAAGAAAAUUUGAAAUAGGACACAAAAUGGGUCUGUUUAGGGAAAAGUUUUCACCUUAGCAAACAAAAAGUUGAAAUAGCUUCCAAUCUAUUUUUCCAUAAUUAUUACUGUCCCUGUCUGGUAUGGGAAAAUCCCUCAUAACAAAGACCCCUGUAUAGUAAAAACAUAAAUUUGUAUGAAGCAUUUUUCAUGUUGUGCUUUAGUAUGGAGCCCUUUAAUGCCACACAUGUGUGCGUAGAGACUUCACAUGUAUGUUUAGAUAUCACAUUCACAAUGUUUACUUUUCUUCCUUUUGGAGUGACGUUUUCUGGUCUGACACAACUUUUGGUCUUGUGUGACUUUUUUCUUUGAACACAUAGUCAAAAUAAACCAGUCAGCUUUUUUACAGAUUAUCAUUAAAAGUAUGUCUAAUUUUCACUUGAUUUUAUCUUCCCAGUGAACAGAGUUUGCUGAUCAGAGGCUGUAACCAGUUGGGCCAGUUUUUGACGCACAGAGAAACUAACUUGAGGUAGAUUUUCCUGAAUAUAUUUGAUCCAUGGAUACUAAAACCCCAAUUAUGGCUGUUUUCUCAGGUUGUAAGUGAGUUUGCAAUAAGCAAUGUAUACUGCUUUGUUGUAAAGUUUUUGAUCCAAGAGAGAUGGCUAUAUUUGAGUGUUGGUUCUGAAUUCUGUCCCCAUUCCAUUGUAAUGGUUUAUAAAUUCUUUUUCUCCCAGAUAUCUCGCCUUGGAGGGGCUUUGUUUAAUGUCCAAUUCUGAGUUCUCAGCUGAUGCUGUAAGGAAACACCAAGAAACAGUUGUUGGAGCCCUUAAGGUGAACUUGUCUGUUGUUCUCAGCCUUCAAGGUCUGCUUGUUUUCUUUACUUUGUACUGGAGUGUACUCUAACUAAGGAUGCCCAGAUUGCCAGAGCGUAACUCCAGUUUCUGUAGCAUGAAGCACUUGUAGUAGGAGUAUGGCAUCCCUGGAUGGGAUGCUAGUCCAUGAGUGGGUUACUCCAGCAAUAUGUUGCUGGUACCCAUUUUAUACACUUGGGUGGAGAAAGAUAAAGAGCAGCAAAGAGUCUUGUUUUAGGAAACAAUAAUAUAACAGCAAGGCUUAACCCCAGACCUACUUGUAAAGAUCUGAAGUUUGAUGUGUCCACUGCUUGGCCACCUUUUCUCCGCUAUUUUCUCAUAAGAUUUGUCAUUUUUGUUCUUUUCCAGACUGAGCGGGAUGUCAGCGUUCGUCAAAGGGCUGUUGAUCUUCUUUACGCCAUGUGUGACAAGAACAAUGCUGAGGAAAUCGUGGCAGAAAUGUUGACUUACCUGGAGACAGCUGAUUAUUCCAUCAAGGAAGAAAUGGUAAUUUUGCAUUUCCUUAUUGGUUGUACCCUUCAGAACUGAUCUUUACCAUAUUGACUUGUUUUGUUAGUCAUUUAAGCCCCAAUAUAUAUGUGUAGACUCUCUUCACUGUUCUCCAUUGUUUCAUAUUGUAUUGCUUGAGAGAAUGUGUUCAAACAUUAAGACAUUUCAUCAGUGCUGAUCAUUCCAUUCAUUCUCUUGACGUGUACAUUUGAUUUGGCAGUGAUAUUCUUAGGAUAAAUUUGAUGCUUAUCACUACUGGGGCUUAAAGCGGUAACUUAAAAGAGUGCACAGGUACAAAACCAAUCUCCAAGAAAUGAGUCUUCAAUUUAGACCACUAAGUGACAACAAGGCUUGUUGUUGAUCUUUACCAUUCUCUUGUUCUGUUAACUCAUGAGGGUAAGCAUGUGCAAAACCAAUCUUGGGGAAAACAUUCCUUCAUUUUAAGUCACCCCAGGGGCCUGGGUCACGGUCACGGUCUCAAAAAUUUUCGGCCCUUCGGGCCUCAGUUUAGUCUAAAAAUGGGGGGGGGCCUCCCUGGAUCCGCCACUGAUUUCUAAAUUUCAAAAAGGCCUCACAUAACAAUAAUUAUGAUACAUUGUAGUCACCAUCUGUCUUCUCAUUGGCUAAAAGCCUACAGUUAAUUCUGGGAAACAGCACAACCUACAGAUUAUUCACUAAUCUGUACCUACAGAUAGUGAAUAAUCUGUAGGUUGUAGCCUAAUGCAUGAUUUCAAGAGCAAUGUCAAGUGCACGGACAGCAAUGUCAAGUUGGCGGACAGCGAAGUAAGAAUGGCUUCUCGAUUCGCUUCAUCGACCCAGCAAGAAAUUGAGAAAUUACUUGAAGAUAAAGUAUAUUAAAACAAUUAUUAGAUUCAGUUUUUGUGAUAUCCGGAAUAAUCAAGGUUGAGGUAAGGUUAUCAGCCUCGCCUUUGGUGUUAUCACCUUGAUUAUUCGGAUAUCACAAAACCUCAUCCAAUAAUUUUUAUGUAGUUCAUAAACAUAAAAAAUAUUGUUUUGCACUUGUAUUUUUGUCAUAGGAGUUCACUACACACACAAUUAUAGAUGAUGUUUGCACUUUACAGAUGAGCACUUUUCUCCAAGUGCUGAUCAUCAUAUAUUUCUUAUAGGUAUUGAAAGUAGCAAUUCUUGGAAAAGUUUGCAACUGA